UCCCUCGGACACAGCGGAUCACCGAUCAACGGAAAGAGCCGAAGAUGUCAGCUCGGUCAUGUGAUCAGCUUUGUCCAAUCACAGCUGAUCACAUGGGACAUGUACACAGAUCAUCAGAGCACUGAUGAUCAGUGUGCCCUGAUGAUCUGUGUAGCCCCAGCAGUGCCAACUGUCAGUGUACAUCAGUGCCAGCUGUCAGUGCUCAUCCAUGCCACUUGCCAGUGCCCAUCAGUGCCACAUCAAUGACACAUAUCAGUGCCCAUCUGAGCUGCCUUUCAGUGUCACCCAUCAGUGCCAGUCAAUGCCACCUAUCAAUGCCAGUCAGUGCUGCCUAUCAAUGUGCAUCAGUG